UAUAGGUAGAUAUUUUAGGACUAUUUUUUUUUAAUAGUAUCGAUGGUUAGGGAUAAGACAGGUUGAAAUGUUGGUGAGCAAUGAAAAGCCAAUAAUUUGAUUAUUUUUAGAGGACCCCCUCUUAUUGCGGCUAGAUAAUUUAAUUUUCUUGUAAUUUUUUUUUUUGAGAAAAAAUAAUUUCAAUUCACACACGUCUCUAGAAAACUUUCUUUAGUUUUUAAUGCAGACUAAACAUUUUUAUGAAAUACGAAGCUUUCAAACUUGAAUAACGUAGUUUAAAGAAAAACAAAAGGUAAGUGAAUCUAAUAAAACAUGCCAAAGAAAUGGAGUCUACUGUUUAAAAGAAACUAUUUGAUUUUUACGAUAUAACUUAUAGAUUUACGCAUUUACAUAUUUUUUGUUUAUGUACUAUAUAUUAUAUACUACACAUGUAAAUACAUCCAGUUGUAUAAUCAUAAAAGUUAUAGAGUAAUCCUUUUGCUCUUAGAAGCAGGAAUGUAGAAAUGUAUCAACUUAAUGUAUUCAGGAGCUCACAAAGUAAAUCAUACUUUAAUGUGUGAAAAAAUCAUAAUCCGAAGCCAAAUUAUGAUGUUACAUAAUAUAUCAAGGGAAUAAUUUUAUAGGCAACCCUUGUUUUCCAAAAAGAUUGUGUCAAUUAUGGAGUCACAUGCGCGAAUUGGUGAACAACUAUCCGCAUAUAAAAUCUAAUUUUCAAAUGAAACUUAGCAAAUUCUAUAUAGAGCUAAAAACAAGUUUCUACAGAUAUUUAUUUAAAAACAAAUAUCUACAACCAAUAUUUAAAAGAAUGCCUCGAUCUAUAUUAUUGUCUCUAAGUGAGACAAGAAACCUUACAUUGAUAAGAAUUUAUACACAUCAAUGCACGCAUGUAUUAAAUUAUUUGAUAGAGAUAAUGAAAACUGAGACAUCCGACUAAAAAAAAAAAAACUGAGACAUCCAUACAAUACAUCGCUCUGUCUGUCUCUCUAUAAAAAUACUUCAAUAUUUUCUCUCUUUUAUGAAUUAAAGGGUUGAACCUUUACUUUUUCUUCUCCCCUCACUGUCGAUCGAUCUUGUCUUUCAGCUAAAUAUAAAUCUAAAAAUGGAAGACCACCAUACUCAGUACGGUAUACCGGAACUCCGGCAGCUCAUGAAAGGCGAAGGGAGGACGACUACGACGGCAUCACCCUCCACUUCUCAUUUUCCUUCUGAUUUUUUGGGCUUCAACCUCGCCCCGGCUGCGCCGCCGCCGCCGCAACACCACCGUGUACAUCAGUUCAAUACUGACCCGGAGAUGUGUUUCUUGCCACACGGCAUACACGGGUUGGGUGGGGGUUCUUCGACCGCUGGAAAUAACAGUAACUUAAACAUAAGCACUAGUGGUGGGGGAGUUAGAUUUAGUGGUUUUCUCGACGGAGGAGGUCUCGGCGGAAGUGGAGGAACGGGACGGUGGCCGAGACAAGAAACCCUAACUCUGCUGGAGAUUAGAUCUCGUCUUGAUCAUAAGUUCAAAGAAGCUAAUCAAAAGGGACCUUUCUGGGAUGAAGUUUCUAGGAUUAUGUCUGAGGAAUAUGGAUACCAAAGGAGUGGGAAGAAAUGCAGAGAGAAGUUUGAGAAUCUUUACAAAUACUAUAAGAAGACUAAAGAAGGCAAAGCCGGAAGACAAGACGGUAAACACUAUAGAUUUUUCCGGCAGCUUGAGGCGCUCUACGGUGAUUCCAACAACUUGGUUUCAUUUCCCAAUCAUAACACACAGUUCAUGAGCAGUGCUCUUCAUGGUUUCCACACUCAAAACGCUAUGAACAUUCCUACAACAACGUCUAACAUUCAUGAGGUAGAUAGUAGUGUUCAUGGUUUCUUACAUCAUCAAAGCCUAAGUAUUUCUAACAACAACAAUUCCUCGGAGCUGGAACUGAUGACUUCGUCUUCUGACGGGAAUGAUUCUGAUAGUAGAAGGAAAAAGAAGAGUUGGAAAGCUAAAAUCAAGGAGUUCAUUGAUGUGAACAUGAAGAGGUUGAUAGAGAGACAAGAUAUUUGGCUCGAGAAGCUGACAAAGGUUAUUGAAGACAAAGAGGAACAAAGGAUGAUGAAAGAAGAGGAAUGGAGAAAGAGUGAAGCUGCGAGGGUUGAGCAAGUGCAUUUGUUUUGGGCUAAAGAGAGGGAGAGGAUGGAAGCUAGGGAUGUGGCGGUUCUUGAGGCAUUGCAGUACUUGGCCGGAAAGACGUUGAUAAAACCGUCAUGUUCGUCCCCGGAAGAGAGGAUUAAUGGUAAUAAUGAGAUCCAAAACAAUAGUGAGAAUGUGUCUGUUGAAGGAAGUGGUAGCUGCUGGAAUGAGCAAGAGAUCAUAAAGCUUAUGGAGAUAAGAACUAGCAUGGACACGGUGUUUCAAGAGAUAUUGGGAGAAUGCUCCGAUGAAUUUCUAUGGGAGGAAGUCUCAGCGAAAUUGAUUCAGUUAGGGUUUGAUCACAAAAGUGCCUUAUUGUGCAAGGAAAAGUGGGAAUGUAUAAGCAAUGGAAUGAGGAAAGAAAAGAAGCAAAUAAACAAGAGAAGGAAGGAGAAUUCGUCGAGCUGCGGCGUGUACUACCCAAAAACCGAGGAAAAUUCGAUCUACAUCAUUCAAGAAAGUGGAUGUAAUGAUAAUGAUAAGCAUCAUCAGAUGAUUGAACAAGGCAAUGUAGGUUCUUCAACAUCAAACGCAGCUGCUGGAGAUUUGAGAGGCGCAAUGGCUGCUAGUACAAACUGCUUCCCGUUCGUCAUGGGAGAUGGAGAUCAGAAUUUGUGGGAGAGUUAUAGUUUGAGGCUAAGUAAAGGAGAGAAUCAGUGAGUGUAUUUUCGAUGGAAUUAUGUUAAAAAAUAAUAUUAGGGCAGAAGGAUUUAUGAUGCCUUUUCUUUUUAGUUUAGUUUGGUUGCUCUUCAAGACUAGCAAGGAUAUUUAGAAGAAAAAAAUCAAACUUGUUUAUCCC